AUGUCGCAGGUCGAACCCAAAUUGACCCCGAAGUUGGACGAAAUUCUCCGCGAAGAUAACGGGCUAAUCGGGGAAACGGAACCGCCGGUCGAGCUACGGGACGGUACCGUAUCCGGGUGUGGAACGGGCGAACGGCUGCUGAAGGCCACGGUCGACGGGCAGGAACUGGAGCUACCGUUCGAGAUCUUGGGUCCGUGCCCGGACACGAUUCCCCACCUGGACGAAACGCACAUCUCGCGCCUACCGUUCAAGUGUCCGGCUGGGAAGUGCGCCGUCCACUGCUGUCUGUUCAUGCUGGCCACGCACAUCGCGUACGACCACCGGGAGGUGUUGAUCGAGCCGCUGUGGGUGGACGAGGUGAAGACAGUGCUCCUGGACCCGCUGCUGGCCAGCGUCGACGAACUGCCGCACUGCCACGCGAUGUACCUGUUGGGUGGAAAAAUUAGAGGUCUUUGGGAUGGUCCGAGGCUCCGCGAUAGGUUACCGUUCGCGCUGAUGUCAUCGAAAUUUUCGCUCCACGGCGCGGAUCGGAUCGUGCUGUGGAUCACCGGCCCGGAUGCUGGUGGUGACGAGCGGCAACGUUACACGCUCGAAGCGGGUCGCAAUGGCCCCGGCCGGAUUCUGCUGUACGCGAUGGCGUUUAGUGGAGCAAUCGUUCCACUUCAUGGUGCGCAGGACGCUGAGGAGAUACACCAGUCCGGGGCCGGGCUCGUGAUUCCCGUGCAGCAUCUCGAGCAGCUCGUCGACAAGCGCACCAAGCUGCUGGAGCUCUGCGUUCACUUUCAUUAA